GUAGCCUGGUUCGUUUCACCGUGCGUCGCGUCGGGCUGCUGCUCCGCCUGCUCUGCUGGCCGCACAGCGGGUCGCCAAGACGAAGGCCCGCCACGCCCCGCCACCCCGCUACAGCGCGCCCCGGGCGACGCCCGUCGCAGCCACUUACUAAGUACCUGCCGGCCGCCCGGGCCGAACGCGAGUGCGGUCGUCACGUGACGCGAGAGUGCGAGUCGUCAACCCCAAAGCAUCGUCGCAGUCAGGAUUUACUAACACGGCAAGGUGCGGGCGCCCCACAUUUUUUUUCCUGUGCUCGGAGUUGCCGGGCCAGUCGGCCCCCUUGUCGAGCAGUGGUGAAGCGCCCGUCUCCACGACGAAGCGGCCGCGGGCGCAGCCGUGCAAGUGGAUGGGGCUGCGGGGCCGGAAGCGGAAGCGCUGCCGGCAGUUCAUCACCAACCGCUUCAAGUUCGGGCUGGCGGCGCGGAGGCGGGGCUCCGCGCUGCGCCUCAACAUCCCGCAGCAGCCGCCGCAGCCGGGCGCCACCCCCGGGCCGACCGCCCCCACGGACCCUGCCGCCCCCGUGGACCCCGCGGACCCCGCGGCGCCCACCCCCGAGCUCACCACGCCGGGCACGCCCCUGGACUACGACUGGCUCAAGAACGACUUUGACGAGCAGGUGAGCCACGCGGACGACGGGGCAGGCUCCCCGGACCCGGUCGACGACGAAGUGAACCUGGAGCCCGUCGACGCGGAGAGCGAGAAGGUGCUGCACAUGGUGGAGGAGGAAAUCCUGGAGCGCAUCUCCGACGGCCAGGACGACAAUCUCACCGUCAACCAGACGCUGGCCGAGGUGCUCGACGAAACCAUCCAGGAGAUCAGCGACGUCACCUUCCACGCUCGUCACUUUCUCCGUGGUGUCGAUACUGCUGCUAGUGCUGGGCUUCCUGUCGGCGCUCUACACUUUCAAGGAGCCGCGGUACACCUUCAAGCGGCUGUCCGCCGGGAUCCAGUUCAUCGCAUUCUGCGGCCUGCUUGUCGUGAUCGAGGUGUUCCGCAAGGCCGCCGAGUACGAACAGAUAACCCAGCUGGGCGGGGUGCCGCUCGUCAUGGGUUACUCACAGGUGCUGGCGUGGGUGUCGCUGGCAGGCCAGAUACUCUCCUCCUUCUUCUUCCUCCUCUACUCGCGCAAGAAGAAGCGCAACAAGGCGCCCAACGAGGAGGUGGCCAUGGCCGACGAGCCCACCAUCAUCGGCCGGUAAACACCACCACACCAUUUCUUUUUUAACCUUUUUUUCUACCAAAUACGCACAAACAACCUGUAAAGUUUUCAAUAAAGGGAGCGAGGAGACGA